UAGUUUUUUGAGGCAUUGGUAACAACAUGGUCGUCAUCCAGUUAUCCACCUUCGUUGUUGUGGUCCUAUCAACUCUCGAUUGGUCAAGAGCUCAGUCCUUGUGUGAGCCCAAUCCAUGUGGCAAUAACACUUAUUGCAUCGCUCAAAGUGUAAAAGUCAUCUCUUGCCGAUGUUUACCUGGUUAUACCCAAAAAGAGGACACUUUUGAGGGUUGCAUUCGGGUCGGGAAACCAACACUUGGCGAAAUAGUGGAAGUGGAUUACAACAAUGGAGCCGAGAGCAACGUGGUCAAAAAAGCGAUUCCAGCCAAAGACUUGAAUGAAAUUGUCCAAAGCCAAGAGGUGACAGAAACCAGUACUGAGCCAGAAUCUCGUUUUGGAAGCAAAAGGAACCGACCUCAAUUGGUGGAAGGGCGUGGUGAGACACCAGAUCGAGAAUCGCCCCUUGUUAUUGGGUUUGAUGACUCUGGCAAGGCUGUGGCUGAAUCAGAACUGAGUGAAUCCAAUGAGUCCAAUCAAGUGCGUGGCAGCAUCAUCCGGGAAUCCAAUGAUGUGGAUCUCUCCAAUAUUAAACCUGUGGCACAACCUGAACUUGGAUCUCCCGGGAUCAGUCGACCCGAGUUCGUGCGGAAUCCAUUUAAACGCCCAUGGGAAGGCAAACCUCCCCAAACGCCAGAGGAGAUCAAUGCCUACUUUCCUGAAGAAUGUUUGGUUAAUGAAGACUGCCCGAGAAGUGAAUACUGCAAUCAGAAGAAAUUUCAAUGUGAAGACCCAUGCAAUUUGAAUGUUUGUGGAAAAGGAUCCGAGUGCAAAGUCCAAUUGAAUCGUCCUGUCUGCUAUUGCCCCAUGGGAUUUGAAGGAAGUCCUUACUCCGAAUGCACCAAGAUUCCUUCCAGAGUUGGAUUACGGUUCCGUCGGUCAACAUUUGUUGAUGUUAAUUUGUAAAAUCAUCUUUUGAGUCAGUCUCAUUCUGGUGGAAAAUAAACCUUGUUGAGCAUUCA